GAUUUGGAUUAAUGUUGGGAUGGGAAUGGUCGGAAAUUUGGGAUCGAAAUAUCUUAAAUUUCAUGUAAUUUUUAAUGUACAUAGUUACAUAGUUACAGUCUCCUGUUACAAUCUUACAGACGUAAGGAUGAAUGCGUAUAUUUAUUUACUUAAUAAUCAUUGCUAACGGGGAUAAAAUACACUACACAGUGGAAGUAUUUUGUGUACCACGAACAUGGCUUUAAUUAAAAAUAACGGGCCCAUAAUAGACCCAGCGCUGUGUAGAUGCUGCAGGGCAAUAAAAAAGUGCAGGCUAUUGACGGCCGAGUAUACUUGGAUGGAAAAGAAAGAAGUUUACGCUGACAUGAUUAUGGAUUGUUUCGGGAUACUACUAUCGCACGUGGACGACGAGGCCAAGGACAGCGGCGUGUGCGCCACGUGCGUGGUGCGGCUCCGGGACGCGUGCGCGCUGCGUCUGCAGGUGCUGCAGUGCGAGGAGCUGUUCCUCAGCGCCAAGCUGGAGGACAAGGACGAAAACAAGAAGAUUGCCGACAUAGAGCUAAAAACUGAGCCAAAAGAUGACGUCAGUGACAACAACUCCAUUGGCCAUGAUGAAGUCAACGAUGUGGUGCCCAUACACUUUGCUGCUACUCCGCCUAAAGAUGUCAAACCGAAAGAAGAAGAGAAGACACAAAUAGAGAAAGAGAAGGAGAUCCCAAAAGACAUGGACGUAGACCACGACGACAUAGACGAUGCAGAUUACCACGACAACGGCAUCAACGACUACUCUUCAUCAGACUCUGACAAACCCAUCAAGAGGAAGGUCAAAACGAAGAAGACUAAGAGCAAAAGCAGCGGGACAAAGAAGAAGGUGGGGAAGAAGAAAGGCACAAAGGUCAAAAAGAAGAGUAAAAAAGAAGAGUCAUCAAUGGACGAGGAAUUGAAAAUAAAGAAAGCGCCAAUAGAAAAGAAAAAUACUUAUGACCGUGAUCUAGACUGCAUGUCUGAAGAGAACCUCCUCACAAUCAUACAAUACUCAUACGUUUGUCCAUUCAAGAACAGAAGGAACAACUAUUACUGCUUCUACUGCAAAGACUAUUACCCCAAACCCGAAGAUCUAAGAGAACACACAAUAUCCCACGACACGAAACCCUUCCAACUGCUGAUGGGUUACAAAAAGAUGCCAAAACUCGACAUAACGAGGAUAGACUGUCGGUUGUGUCAAGUAAAAAUCAACGACUUGGAACUAUUCAAACACCACAUCGACCAAGUGCACAACAAGAAGAUAUAUUUCGAAGCACCGGACAAGAUGUUGCUGUACAGACUGACGUGGAACGAUUUAGUGUGUGUCAUGUGCAACGGUGUGUACGAAGACUUCAAUACGUUGAACACACACAUGGUGGAGCAUUUCAGCAAUUACACAUGCGACGUAUGUGGACUGUGUUUCCUCGAGAAGCCCCGGUUGGAUGCUCAUUUGAAACGGCAUAAGGACGACGAACGGCAUACGUGUGAAGUGUGCGGCAAAGUGUUCAAAUCAAACCAUUACAAGGACAUGCAUGUCGAUAUAGUGCAUAAAAAGAAAGCAAUAAUCCGUUGUCCCCGCUGUGAUGAGUGUUUCAUGUCUUAUGCGUUGAAAAAUAAACAUUUGACCGAAGCGCACGGUCAAAAACGUACCUAUCCGUGUAAUUUGUGUGACAAAGUGUACAACAGACAGAAGACGUUAACGGAGCACCAACGUAGGAACCACCAGAAGGUACUGAAGCACCAGUGUGAGUAUUGCGAUCAGAGAUUCUAUUUACCGUCCCGUUUGAAGGAACACAUAGCAACACACACUGGAGAAAGGAACUUUAGGUGCGAACACUGCGACAAGAGUUACCCCCGACUCAAGUCGUUGCAAUAUCACAUUAGAACACACACAAAUGACAGACGGUACAGAUGUCACAUAUGCGGUCAAGCGUUCAUACAGAAUGCCAGUUUGAAAUCUCAUAUAAAAAGCCAUCACCCGGAAUGUGAUAUUGAUGGGUGUUAUUUCUAAUUUGUAAUUCCAUUUGUGGUACGAAAGUUGACAACAUUAUGCAGCUGUGAUACAUAGUCUUAGUCUUAACGCCGUGACAUUUGGCAUGCUAGUUAAAUUUCAAAAGAGAUUAAACAAUAUUUGGAUAGAAGCAGGCGUUACUUUGCGGAAGUUCAUCAUGAUUAUAUAAUGAUUUAUUUAUUUUGCUAUCAUCCGCGAAAAGUCGACGAACCCAUGCGACAACGUCACCCAGGUCCGGCAAAAUACUCUCUACGUACGUUUCACCCCGAAACCGGAGCAUCCUCAGGAGAUGUUGACUCUACAACGUGCAAUUGCAAAGACUUUCGCAUGGGUUCGUCGACUUUUCGCGGAUGAUAGCAAAAUAAAUAAAUCAUUAUAUAAACAAUAUUUGUUUACGACUUAACUUUGUGUAAAUAUAUAAAUAAGAUUUUACAAAAUAGAUAGUUGCAAUAUCACAUCAAAACACAUAAUAGAUAGAUAAUAUUCACAGUGACACAUUGCACAUAGGAUGCCUAGUUAAAUUUUGGCCAAACAUAUUUUUCAUACAAAAUCUAGGAAACCACAAACUAGAUUAAAAGCAACUUAACACUGUUACUACUGUAAUGAGCUUUUAUUUGACAUAUUUAUUUGACUAAAUAACUGAUGAACAUUACUUAACUGUAUAUAUCUGGCAACCCCACAGUUGCAGUUUGAAAAGCAGGCAACCUUUACGUUUUCAAUUCUGUUGACUAUGAUUUAACUAAGCGUAGGUUAAAUAAAUGUAAUUUGAAAAAAUGUCAUUUAAUUCUAUCUGGUUGCACUUUUACUAGGCAACCUAUUUACAAUUUGUCAACGUGAAUAUUGUCUAAAAUUUAUUUGUUAUCUUAAAUAAAUAACAGAUGUGGCUAUAUAUUUCUUACGCCAGAUCUUAGGCAAUCAUUACAAUUACUCACUUACUUACUUACUUUUUGUAAACUUACAAAUGUCUACAAAUGACAGGCUUUAAAGUUAAUGUUCCAACUUUCGUGACAUAAGCUAUAUUACAAUUUUCAUUAUUAGUUUAAUUUAUACAAUGUUUUGUUAGCAAUUUUAAAUAUUGGUCCUACUAAGUCAUGAUACUACGUCAUGAUACGUCAAUGUACCGGCGUAUCAUGACGUAGUAUCAUGACAUUAUCUCAAUUUAUUAUUUACAAUUGCUAAGGUCUGUCGUAGUAUAAUGACUUAGUAGGGCCAAAAUUUAAAAUUUCUAACAGUUUAGUUAUGUAGGCAUUUAAUGACUCGAGGUCGUAAUAAAAAUUGCAUUUAUAUGAAGAAAAUGACAUGUUUGAAAAAUCAAUGAAAUUAUUUAUUUAGUAUGCUUAUUUUAAUUUUUACAUCAUUUACAAACACUGAUAAUAUUCGAUUUGUUAAUAAUAAUUAUACACAUAAUAUCAUUUGUGCUAAUUGUUAAAAAAUUGUGUUCAAUCAGAUAGACUUAAGAUGCGAGCUAACCAUCGACCUCCUAUUAAAGAGUGGAGGCACAAUCAGCAAUGUAACUUCUUGGCACUCGAUUCAAGUAGACGAAUUUGCAAACUCAACCUUAAACUAAAUGCUUAAGGUUGAAUAUAUCUAAAGGCCUUUAGGUAUUUCUUUACAAGUACACAAAUUUUCUUUACAAAUAAUUCUAAAACUGUCAAAGAAAAAUUAGCUAGCUCUUAUGUGAAAUUUUCUACAUGAUUGUGCAUCCUUUUAUUUUAAAGGAGUGAUAUAACAUAAGCUAUCUCUUUUUUGGCAAUGAGAUAAAAGAGAGAUCGAUAUUUAUGUUGUCUUUAGUUGCAAAGGGAUGAAAAAGAGAGCGAUAUUUAUGCUAUCUCUUCCUUAUAACAUUAGACUAUUGGUCUGAGAUCCAGCAUCACAAAUAUAUACCCUCAUCUGUUAUUUAUUAGUGAUAAGAAAUAAAUGAUAGAUAAUGUUCACAGUGACGCAAUGCAAAUAGGUUGCCUAGUUAAAUUGCCGCCAAACACAUGUUUUCAUACAAAAUCUAAGAAACCAUUAACUAGAGAAAUCUUUGUUAUUAAAAUCUCAAGUAGAUAUGGAUAAUAUAAUUUAAUAAUCUAUACUAAUAUAAUAAAGCUGAAGAGUUUGUUUGUUUGUUUGUUUGUUUGAUUGAACGCGCUAAUCUCUGGAACUACUGGUCUGAUUUGCAAAAUUCUUUCAGUGUUAGAUAGCCUAUUUAUCGAGGAAGGCUAUAGGCUAUAGGCUAUAUAUUAUCCCUGUAUUCCUACGGGAACGGGAACCACGCGGGUGAAACCGCGCGGCGUCAGCCAGUAGAAUAAUAAAAUUAUAUUUACAGAUUGUUCAUUGAUGUUAUUUCCGCAAUACUCUCAAAGUCUACAUGUGUAACAUCUGCUACUAAUCUCGAGGACGAGGCGCGAAUAUAAUUAUGAUAGAACUUCAUCAAAGACAACUUGAUAAAGUUAAAUUGAGCAUAAAAUAAGCUUUCAUUAAUUAUUAUCUGUUUAUAUCUGGCAACCCCACAGUUGCAGUGUGAAAGCAGACAACCUUGACAUUUUCAAUUCUGUUGACUGUAGGGUAUAUUCUUUGAACUAGUGUAUGAUAUUUGUUAAUUAAGCAAAAAGGGAAGUAGAUCAAAUAAAUGUAUUCAAAAAAUAUAUCAUUUAAUAAUCACCAGGUGCAAUUUCUCUAGGCAACCUAUUUGCAAUGUGCCAAUGUGAAUGUUUUCUAUCAUUUAUUUCUUAUCCGGAAUAAAUACCAGAGUGCCUGGUGGCAGUUUUCAUACUGUGACGGUCGCGUACCGUAAACGCGAAAUUCUAAGGAAUUGAAACAGCACCAUCUAGUGGCGCUACUGCACAACUGCACAAUUCGCGUUUACGUUUACGCGAACGUCACAGUAUGAAAACAUUGAAAACUCUUACUAGGCAUUCAGAUGACGGUAUAUAUUUGUUAUGCUGUAUCUCGUACCUUAUGUCUAUAACAAAUGUAUUGGCUUUAAGUAACUACUCAUCACAGUAUUGUAAAAAGAAUCAAUUAAAUGAACACAAUAGUCACUUUAGUUUAAUUUUAUAAACAAUUUAUAGUAUUAUUUUUUAUUUGCUAAGACUAAUCUACUAAGUUGAUGUAAAAUUUUACAAAUAAAAAACAUCACAAAUAUUCAAUAACAGUAUGAUCUAAGAUUAUUUUAAAUUAUUAAUUUUUUAAUAAAAUUAUACAUUGAGAA